AUGUGGCCGAUUGGACCAUAUUUAUCAAAUUAUGACACUAUUCCGGCACAGAAGCAGUUCUUCUCGGACUCAUUCAGCUCAGGCGAAGCAGAGCAAUUCGUAAGUCGUGAUCAGGAUCGAUGGGUAUAUCGAGCCUAUGAAUGCAUUCAAGCGGCUGGUGAAGCCGUCUACUCCAAAUCCGAACAUCCUCUGCACUACUGUUUUGGGUAUAAUGAAGCCAGAGAGAAGACAGGUGCAACUGCGUAUGGGAUAUGCAUACCAAGUACUUGUUACACUGAUCACACCAAGUUACUUGAGCAAUGGCGCCAUCUGAAUGCAACUGAUAAGGAUGCUAUCGACUACACGUCGUGCAUCAGGUCACGCCAUGAACGUCAGUGGUAUCAAAGAGCAGUGCCAGUCGCUGAAUUCGCGCUGCAUCUCACAUUUGUUCUUAUCGCUAUAAUCGCCACUAUAUAUCAUGUAAGGAACGGCGAGCAAACCAAGUCAGUAUAUGUUCAGGUACUGCUCGCGUUCUCGGUUAAGAAGAAUUUUAAACGUCUCAUUCAGAUGCCGAAAGAUCCACAGUCGACAAUCACUUGUAUGUUUGGAAUGCGUUUCCUCUCGAUGGCAUGGACUCUUUUAGGUCAUUCAUUGAUAUUUGUACAGGUAUAUAUGGAAAACGUACAAGAAUAUAAAGAUGAUAUGGUUGAUAACUUUUAUAAUCAAUGGAUAACGAAUUUUACACUCAGUGUUGAUACCUUUUUUGUUUUGAGUGCAACUCUUACUGCAUUCACAUGGUUUAAAAAACUGCAAAAAGGUGCAAUUGAAUCGGAACCAACAUGGACCUCAUGGGGUUAUUGGUUACGUUACUAUCGCCAUCGUAUUAUCCGUUUAUGGCCAGCGUACAUCUAUGUGUUGGUCGAUAUAGGUCUAAGAGCCUCCGUCCAGCAUUUUCAUCCCAUGUGGCCACCAACCGAUCCAGCUGUUCAGUGUCCCGUCUAUUGGUGGCAAAAUGUUUUGUUCAUCAAUUCUAUUCUUGAUAAUAGGUGUAUGCCAUGGACGUGGUAUAUCGGUACUGAAUUCAUUUUUUAUUUGUUAUCACCAAUAUUUUUAUUAACGCUACGUAAUAAACCACGAGUUGGUUUCGCUUUGGCCAUAUCAACAAUACUUAUCUCAUCAGCUUUAAAUGUUAUUGGUAUGAUCACUUGGAAUUUUCCACCAACUCAGUUGCUUUGGAAGCAACCGCAAAUUUUCAGUGCAGAUUUUAUACAACAUCACCUUGUCAUGUAUAUCAAACCAUGGUAUCGUAUUGGUCCGUAUAUAGUGGGUCUUCUUCUUGGCUAUUAUCUAGCUGGAAUUCAUUAUAUAACACAAUCGUCUUGUGAUUAUAAGCAGAAUAGUAUUUCGAGAUCGGAAAAACAACGUUCAAUGCAUUUUAUUAUCGGUGGAUGGUCGUUAGCUUUCGUUGCUGGUUUUUGGGCCAUUUUUGGCCUUUAUCCAUCUCUUCAGGGUUGGGACUGGCCAAUUUAUCAUUUGGUGUAUGGUGCCAUUCAUCGAACGGUAUUUGCAUUGUCAAUGGCAUGGCUCAUUUAUGCAUGUCAUACAGGUAUUGGUGGUGUCAUAAAUACGAUUCUCAGUAUGAAGAUCUUACUUCCUUUCUCGUCACUUUCCUAUUCGGCCUACUUAAUACAUUUGGUACUGGUUGUAUUGGUGUAUUUAUAUGUGCCAUUCCCGAUGGUCUAUCACAGUAAAAUACCAUUAUUUGGUUAUUGCUUACUACAAUUGGCACUCUCAUAUCUAUUUGGUUGUGUUUGUGCAAUGCUAUCCGAAUUACCAGCAUUGAAUCUGGAAAGGAUUAUUUUCGCGAGUGAACAUAAAGCUGUUCUACAACCAAUCGAUGUGAAAGACUGUGAAGUGCAAUUGAAACCGAUCAGUUUGAAGUAA